AUGAAUUAUCAUCGCUACAAAUCUGAAUUUCUUUCAUGGAAAGUUCCAUAUCAGGAUCCCAGAUUACAAAUGUCGAUGAAUGAUCAACUAACCAUAGAAAAGUCUUCAAAAGCCUAUUGCACAUAUCGUCGUGAUCGUAUUCGAUCACCAGAUAAAUCCAGUACAAAAAAUCAACAUCAUAAAACAGAGAAAAAACAACGACAUGAUUCAAAUUUGAGUUUGCAUGAUAGUCGGCUUAAAAGAGAAAUAAUCCGAGAAGUCCAAGCUACGAUGCCAGGAAGUUUCAAGAUUUGUAUUCCAAUACGUACAACAUCUGCGCCUCCUAAUUCGAAACCAGCAGCAGUAGACAAUAAAAACGAUGAACAACUGAAGAACUUACGAAGACAAUUGGAACGCAUGAAAGCUAGAAUAGAACAGCAAGAUGAACUUAUUAAAUGGUUACAACAGCAGCUAGAGAAAGAUAAGGAAACAAGAACUGACGUAAUACGAACUGUUAUUCCAACAAUGCCCUUUAUGGAAGAUCCACCUGCGAUGGAACUUCUUGAAACUGUGUGGGAAUGA